AUGAGUCAUAAAAUUAAGUCGGAAGUCAGCUCAUAUUACAAACACGAUAAUGUUACUGUAAAUCGCCGCAGAAGUUCUAGCAUUGAUAGUAACGAUGAUAAAAUGUCUUACGUCAGUCGGUCGUCUAAUCAUAAACAUAGCAAGACUAAGUCUCAUAGUUCGAUUAAGUCAACAACCCAUUCAGAACAUAAGACAUCCCACCAUUCUUCCAAAAAGAAAAGAAAAAAGCAUAGGAGGUCAUCAUCUAACUCAUCGUCCUCUUCAUCAUCAUCGUCGUCAUAUGACAAUCGCUCUGAUAAUGGAACCACGAAGAAACAUACAUCAUCAGCCGCUGUUCCCAAGGAAUUGUUAUCUCUUUCACUGGAAGAAAUACAAAAGAUUAGUGAGGAAAGGCGACAAAAGAAGGCUUUGAUGAAAAUCCUGGAAACACCAGAAGAGAAACGAGCUAGACGUUUAGCUAAAAAGGAAGCUAAAGAACGUUGGAGACGUGAACGAAUGGGAUGGGAUAAAGAGUAUUUAGGUUAUACAAAUGAAGAUAAUCCAUUCGGUGAUCAUCAUCUUUCUGAAUCAUUUGUCUGGAAACGGAAAUUAGAACGACAAGGACUGUCACAUUUAUCCAAAGAGGAGCUUCAAGUCUUACAAAAAAAGAAAAUGCAAGAGAAUAAAAUGGAAUUGGAAGCUGUUCGACGUAGACGUAUUGAAAGAGAACGAGAACGUGAACAGCAUGAAAAAGAAAUGGAAAUGAUGCAACGAGAUAAAGAAGCAGAAUAUUAUCGAUCAUGGGAACAACAAGAAGACCAUUUCCAUUUACAACAAGCUAAAUUACGUUCUCGUAUUCGUAUUGCCGAUGGACGUGCUAAACCAAUUGAUUUGUUAGCAAAAUAUAUAGCUGACCAAGAGGAAGAUCCAAUGGAAUUUGAUAUAUCAGGUGUAGUAGAAAUUUUGGAACCGACACAAUUUCUUGUUGGCUUAGGUAUAGAAGAUUUAGAAGAUUUACUUGAAGAUAUUAAGGUAGUGUAUAUGGAAUUAGAAAAAGGUUGUAAUGCAGAAUAUUGGCGUGAUAUUACAACUGUUGUUGAAGAUGAAUUAAAUAAAUUGCGUCGAUUAGAAGAAAAUAGUGGAGUAGCUGGUGCAUGCGGUGCCGAUACCAGAGGUCGUAGUUCGGCUACUAUUAGUCAGUCUGUUAUGCAAAGUGUUGCUGAAACAUUAAAGGGUAAAACAUACAAUCAAUUAAGUGCAUUAGAAAAACAAAUUGCUCCAAAGCUACGUGGUGGUGAAGGUGUAGAUGUAACUUAUUGGGAGACAUUAGCUCAAUUUGUUCGUGCUCAAAUGGCUCGUACUCGUCUACGUGAUAUGCAUCAAGACAAUCUCAAACGUAAAUUAGAAUGUUUACGUCAAGCUCAAGGUAUUCCAAAUGAUCAUGUCGAAUUGGACAUUGAACAACCUGCUCAACCUAUUGAAGAUGAAAAUGAUCCUGAAAAUUUCAUCCCACCUCCUUUACCUCCGAUUGAAUUGAACAGAGACGGUAAUCCAGUUAGUAAUAAUGCUAUUGAAGACUUACACAGCGCUGAAGCUAUCAAAGCUGUUCGUGCAGCUGAACUACAAGCUGCUGCUUUGAUUGAAGAAGAAUCGUAUAAUCCGUCGAUUUAUUCACCACCACGUAUUAAUCCGGAUGAUUUAGAAUUGGAUGCCGUUAUUUAUAAUCCAGAAGAUGACCAAGCGAAAAUUGAAUAUCAGCGUCAAGAAGUCUUACGUACAGGAACGAUGCAAGCUACUGAAGAAGAAGAGCUUAUAAGGCGAGCUAGAGAAGGCAUGGAAGAUGGUGAAGAUGCACAAUUCUCAGUUAUGAUUCCAGUUGAAGAUCAAUCUUUCCUUUGGUCCGAUAAAUAUAGACCAAGAAAACCACGUUUCUUUAAUCGUGUUCAUACUGGUUUUGUAUGGAACAAAUAUAAUCAAACACAUUAUGAUCUAGAUAAUCCACCGCCUAAAAUUGUUCAAGGCUAUAAAUUCAAUGUUUUUUAUCCGGAUUUAAUUGACAAAACUAAAACACCGACUUAUACAUUAACAUCAUGCGGUGAAGCAGAGAAAGAUUUUGCUAUUCUACGUUUUAUUGCUGGACCACCAUAUGAAGAUAUUGCAUUUAAAAUUGUUAAUCGUGAAUGGGAAUAUUCGUAUAAACAUGGAUUUCGAUGUCAAUUUCAAAACAAUAUCUUUCAAUUAUGGUUUCAUUUUAAACGAUUUCGUUAUCGUCGAUAA